CGCCUGUCCGCUGUACCACCCGCACCAGCCCGGUGCCUGACGCCGCGUUCGUACGGUUCCGCAGACUGCACGCCGCGUCUCAGCUUGGCGCAUGCGCACAAGAAGCUAAGUCCAGGCAGCGGCAGUCUCUCUCUCGCCACGGACCCAAGCACCCCUAGCGACAAGGGCUCCGCACCUCGAUCCUGGUGCCUGGCAUGCAUGCUACUAGUCUUACUCACCCUCACAGGGAUCGGUGUAGUGCUUCCGCUUACCGCCAGGCUGCGCCACGGUUAUCAUAAUUUGGAUCAUCUGUCAGCUGUUCACACCAUGCUGAGAGAAGUUCCUCUAGUGGAUGGCACCGGACGUCCGCAUAAUCGGUACACCAACUGUGCUCUCCUCCACACUGCUUCCAGAAGGAUGUCCCGUAACAUUGCAGUGGCUGCUCUGGACAGGAAGUUGCGGGCAAGACACAACGAUCUCGCUUGGAAUGUUCGCAACUUUGUACACAACCAGCUGCAGCGGUUCAACUUCUCCGCCGACCUGCGGACGGUGACCCCGUGGGCAACAAGCUCCUGGUCGCACACUGACCUCCCGCGGAUGCAGCAGGGAAUGUUGGGCGCUCAGUUCUGGUCUGCGUACGUUCCGUGCCAGGCACAGUAUAAAGAUGCCGUCCAACUGACGCUGGAGCAGAUCAAUGUGAUUCGACGCCUGGUAGACAGCUACAGCGCCGAGCUGCAAUUCGUCACAUCCUCUCAAGGUAUCGAAACUGCUCAUAGGGCUGGAAGAAUAGCCAGUCUUCUCGGGGUUGAGGGAGGCCAUUCUCUGGGAGCCAGUUUAGGUGUGCUUCGAGCCAUGUAUGAUCUGGGGUUGAGGUCCCUUACGCUUACACAUACCUGCCACACACCUUGGGCAGACUCAUCCUCAGCAGCCGCCUCCGAGAGCAACACCAGAGGGGAGGGACUCACGGAGUUCGGAAAGGUAGUGGUGCGAGAGAUGAACCGGUUGGGGAUAUUGGUGGACCUGUCUCACGCAGCACACGAAACUGUUAUCGCUGUGCUCGAGACCACACGUAGUCCAGUCAUCUUUUCACAUUCUUCUGCGCAAGCGCUGUGCAAUACUUCCCGCAACGUGCCAGACCAUAUUCUGAGGCGUGUGGCGGAGAACGGAGGCCUGGUCAUGGUGAGCUUCUACGCCGACUUCCUGACGUGCACAGCAGUCGCACGCGUGGAAGACGUCAUGCGUCAUGUGACCCACAUUCGUGACGUUGCCGGAGAGGACCACGUAGGUAUCGGAGCCGGAUACGACGGCAUUAACAGGACACCCGUGGGACUGGAGGAUGUUUCCCGUUAUCCGUACCUCCUGGCGGAGCUCGCGAGAACUAAGGGCUGGACCAUGACUCAACUGGAAAAGUUAGCAGGACGCAACUUCUUACGAGUUUUCAGAAAAGUUGAAAAGGUGAAGGAGGAACUCCGACGACUGGCCGUAGAUCCGUACGAAGACUGGAUACCGCCAUCAGAUCUACAGGACUACAACAAAGAUGGCUGUCUUGGACGAUGAUGUUUACAUAGCAUGACCUGGUCAAUUACUUAAGAAUUAUAUAUUUUUACUAGCAACAGCGAAACAGAGAUUAUCAAUUGCACAUUCAGUUAAACUCGAGAAGGCGAGGGGAAGUGUGUGUCGUGCUAUUAAACAGGAAACUAUGACAUCAUCUCUUAGUAGGUAAUGCAUAUUUUUAUUCAUACUUGGUGAAAAAGUGUGUGUUGAAAGAGUGUAAUCUUGUUACUUGACAUGUGAUGUAACGAGUAUGAAUUUCCGUUAAAAUAAACAUAUCCUGGACAUGUUCUGUAUGUGUACAGAUUGAGAUUA